AUGCGAGCUCUGCUCUUUCUUUCCAGCAUAUUGGGCGUGAUUCAAGCCUGGAAUCUUCAUAUCACCCCAAAUGGAGAUCGAUUGGCGAAUCAGAAAUCGGGAGACAAUUUCCUAGUCGUUUGCAGUGUUCAAGAUUAUGAUGGAGCGGCAAGUGAUGUGAAGAUUCAUUGGUAUCGAGAAGGGACACAAAUUGGAUUCGGAAGAAUCAUGACCAUCGGAAAGCCCAAUGCCAGCCAGUUGAUGAUCAUCAAAGCCAAAAAGGAAGACUCAAGCGAUUAUGUGUGCAAAGCCGAGAUUGAUGGAGUCACUCAAGAGAUCAACGCCUCAAUCAACUUCAUCCGUGCUCCUGAAUUCAUCCAGCCUCUCAUCGAGCAACAUCCAGAAGAAGGCCGAACAGCUGAGAUCGUGUGUCGAGUUGAAGGAGAACCAUCAAUGGAAGUCUUCUGGCAAUUCAAUGGAAACACUCUUGAUGAAGCUUCACCACGUGGAUACGAGUUCAAAGACAACAACCAAGUGCUAGUGAUCGCUAACUACGAUUCGAAAAAAGAUGAUGGACAUUAUCUCUGCAAUGCUGCUCAAUUCAGCUCAUUUGAGACUCUAACGAUCAAUGUUUCUGGAUAUUCUCGACCCAUGAUUACCGUCUUUGAUGGACCGACAAACAACCAAGGCUUUGAAGGACAAUCAGUGCAUUUCAAGUGUGGAGCAAUUGGCAAACCAAUGCCUACCUACAAAUGGUAUCGAGGAGAAAGCGAAGAAGCCUUGGUGAAAUCGGACAUCUAUGGAAUCGAGGACGGACUUUUGACGAUUCAAUCGCUGACUUCGACUGAUGGAGGAGAGUAUCGAUGUGUAGCUACGAAUGAUAUUGGAACUGAUUCAAAGACGGCCACUCUAUCAGUUUAUCUUCGUCCAAAAGUUGAACGUCUCACCAAUCACACGAAGCAAUCCGGCGAAAAUGUCGAGUUGGUGUGCCGGUAUUCUGGCGAAGGGACUUUGAAAGCGAAAUUCGUUUAUGGACAGCAAGUUUUCAAGGUUGGUGGAGAAGAGGAAAAUGAUGAGCCGGAGAAGUUGACGAGUGAUGAAGAUGAUGGAGAUGAUGAGAAGAAAGAAGAAGGACAAGAUGAUGAAGAGAAUGAUGGUGAUGAAGGAGAUGAUGAAGAGGACAAGAAAGAGGAGAACAACGUGGACGACGAUGAGGAGAAGGAGAAUGAGGAUGAUAAAAAUGAUGAUGAAAAGGAUGACAAGGAGAACGAGGAACAGGAUGACGAGGACAAGGAGGAUUCAAAGAAUGAUGAUGAAAAGGAUGAUGAGGAGAAAGUGAAAGAAUCCGGUGAGAAAGAAGAAGAUGAUGAUGACAAGAAAGAGGAAAAUGAAGAUGGUUUAAAAGCUGAUGAUGAAGAGAAAAACGAGAAUGAUGAUGAUUCGAAAGAUGAAAAAGACGAAGAUGAAGAGAAGAAGAGAGACGAAAAGGAUGGUAAUGAUGGAAAUGAAGAGAAAAACGAUGAGAAGUCCAACAACGAUGAAAACGACAAAGACGAUGAGAAAGAUGAUGAUAAUGACGAGGAAAAGACUGACAAUGAUGAUGAUGAAGACGGGGAUAAAGAUGAAAAUGAGAACAAUGAAGACGACAAUCAGGGCCAUCCGAUUGCCCGAGAUGAAGAUGGAAGUGGAGAACAUCAACCAGCCCAUUUCAUUGACACAAACGACAACAAUGUGAUUCGACGAACUCGUGAAGUGCAGUCUGGCCGUGUCUCGGUGACCGAUGAUGGAAAGCAGAUCACGUUGUUGAUCAAGGAUGUCUCUUUAAAUGAUGCUGGAACUUAUCAAUGUGUCGUUGAAAACGAGGCUGGACCGAUUAUCAGAAACAGUGUUUUGGCAAUCACCCAUGCUCCAAUCAUCAAGAAAUGGACUGAUCAAACGGUGCGCUCAUUCGAAGGACAUGAAAUCGAAAUCUUUUGUGAAGGAAAAGCUGUCCCUGAGCCUAAUUGGGAUUGGCAACUCAAUGGACAAGAUGUCGAACACGACGGUGUUACAACAAAAAUUACAAACACUUUCACUCGAUCGUCUAUUUGGAUGCGAACAACUGAAGGAAAAUAUGGUCGUUACAUUUGCCGUGCCUCAAAUGGUGUCGGUGAACCGGCAGAGAAAGUUGUAACCGUCAUUGAAGUUGUGACUCCACCAACUCCCACUGAGCUCAACUGCCACGAUGAUGUCAAUCCCAACUUUGCUUUAUGUGCACUCAAUGCUGAACAAUAUGCUGACUUGAAAGUAGAGCCUACAGAGGUUGAAUUCGCCUGGGUGCCCGAUCAAGAAGCAUUGAAAGAAGGUUUCGAAUGGGAAAGAGAUUCAGUUAAACACAAAGUGCCAUACGCUAGUCGUAUGAAGGUUCCUGGUUUAAAGCCAAAAUCUAACUACAUUAUCCGUGCUCGUGCCAUCAAUGAAGCUGGCGCCAGUGACUUGGGAGUUCAAGAAACAGUGGAAACGACGGAUCCAUGGGCACCCGCUCAACCAGAAAGCAUCACCUAUGAAUGUGAUCAAGUUUGUCGAAUUGAAUGGACUGAGCCAAACAAUCACGGAGAAGAGCUCACUGGAUAUAAAGUCACCGUUCAAGAAUACAAAGAGAAUGAGGAAAAGGAAGAGUACGAAUACAUUGGAUCUCGACUCGAAAUCUCGCUUGGCACAGAUGGACAGGCUAUUGAGUUGACUCAACUCAAGCCAAAUACAAACUAUGAGAUCUCUGUGUCUGCUAAGAAUUCCAUUGGAGAGUCGGAGCCUCAAAAGGUGACCUUCGAGACACCGGCUACAGUGGUCCCGCACUCGGCCAGUGGAAUCACCUCAACUCACAUGAUGAUCAUUGUUGGAGCCGCUCUCUUCAUUGUUUGCUUGGUGGUUGAUCUGAUCUGCUAUUCAACAAAUCGAUGUGGAGUGAUUGCUUGUAUUUGCAUUAACUGUUGCGGAAAGAACCCUGAUCGUUCAAAGGGCAAGGAUCUCGAGUCUGGACGGCCAGUCGAAUCGAAUCGUCUUCUCUCGGAUCAAAGGUUUCGCGAGUCGCCCAUCCCAUUGCUGAAGUCGCCAAUCGUCUCGCAAGUC